AUGAAUGAUUCACCAAAACUUAUUCAAGGUUUAAAAUAUACAUUAGUUCAAGAUGAUACAUUAAUUUAUGCAACAUCACAUACAACGUAUAUGGCUGGUGGUUAUGUACAUGAAAUUCAAGGAAUAACAACUGAACAAAUUAUAACAGGAUUUCGAUAUCUUCAAAAUCAUCGCUGGAUUGAUCGACAUACUCGCGCUACUUUUUUAACAUUUGAUCUAUAUAAUUCUAAUGCUAAUUUAUUUGUUUAUUUUUCAUUACUUCUUGAACAAUUAUCAGCAACAACGAAUCUUAUUUUUUGA